GGCCCAUCUUGUUACAGGUCUCAGCAAUGCCUUCAACUUACCGAAUUAUAUUAACCAAUAAAUCAUAGAAAUCGCUGGUGAAGUUUACAUAGAAAGGAGAGUAUAGAAAUUCCAAAUUGAAGGUGUUUUCUUAUGUUUCCUGAUUCAACAACCGGGAUUUUGAUUUGCAAUUCACAUUUUGUCUCUAUAAAUAGACAAAAGCUAUAAAAAGUUGUUUCCUUCACGUUCUCUGCGAUUUCUUCUCCUGUUCAGGUGAUUAUAAAUUUAUGAUAUUCUCCUUCUCCUUCUCUCUCGUCAACUCACGUUUUAUUUGCUUCUUUUUUGGCCGGCGAGAAAGGAAAUGGCGCAUUAAACGUUUUUGUUGAUUAGCUUUUCUCUCUUUUCAACUUCUCUAUUUCGCGGCGUGCGUUUGGCUUCAUUUCUUCGUUGCUGUGUGAUUUCCAGAUCUUGUUUACGCACACCGAUUAUAGCUGAGUAACCUAGAGAGAUGAACAGUAUUCAGGACUUGUGUGCUGGAUGGACUGCUUGCCGAACAACAGUGAUAAUAAAACAUUGAAGAGGUGGUUUUUUAUUAAUAGAAGUGUUGGCUGAAAAGGGUUGUUGAGAUUGAACAUUGAAAUUUGUUUCUUUGCACUUGAGUGGAUUGUUUGUUAAAGGAAUCUAAUAGCUUUUACAGUUUAAGUAGUGAUAGGAGGCUGGAUUCAAUGGACUUGAAAUCCAACCACACUGCUCUUGUUCUUGGUGAUCCUGCACCACUAAAUCGAGUAUCUUCCGGUCUGUUGCCAUACUCAGGAGCAACUUUCUCUCAGAAUCUAUUUCUAACUGUUCCUACGAUGAAAGCUGGAAUUCUUGAUAUUCGUGCCAGCAAUUGUCUGGAUUCUAUGGAAUCCUCAUCCCCUCCUGAUAAGAAAUCUAGGGAUUUCAAUAAUGACCUUGAAUCUACUGAUACAGAUGUUGCAUAUCGUGCAUGGCUGCUUAAAUAUCCCUCUGCACUUGCAUCUUUUGAUCAAAUUACAAAUCCUGCAAAAGGCAAGAGAAUAGCAUUGUUUCUGGACUAUGAUGGGACUCUUUCACCAAUUGUGGACAACCCGGAUUGUGCCUUUAUGUCUAAUGAUAUGCGAGCUGCAGUAAAAAAUGUGGCGGAAUUCUUUCCAACUGCAAUAAUUAGUGGCAGAAGCCGUGACAAGGUAUAUGAGUUUGUAGGGCUAACAGAGCUCAAUUAUGCUGGAAGUCAUGGAAUGGACAUCAUGGGUCCUGUUAGGCAAUCUUUUGAUGACCACUCUAACUGCAUUAGAUCUACAGAUAAUCAGGGCAAAGAAGUUAAUUUAUUCCAGCCUGCUAGUGAAUUCUUACCUAUGAUUGAUGAGGUUUUUAACUCACUUGUCAAUAACACCAAGGAUAUUCGAGGAGCAAAAGUUGAAAACAAUAAAUUUUGUGUCUCUGUCCAUUACCGAAACGUAGAUGAGAAGGAUUGGACAGUAGUUGCACAACGAGUCCAUGAUGUCAUCAGAAACUACCCUCGUCUACGGUUGACUCAUGGGCGGAAGGUUUUAGAGGUUCGGCCUGUGAUCAACUGGGAUAAGGGGAAAGCUGUUACGUUUCUUCUUGAAUCACUUGGGCUUAGCAAUUGUGAGGAUGUGCUUCCCAUUUAUGUUGGAGAUGACCAGACAGAUGAAGAUGCGUUUAAGGUUCUUAGAGAGGGAAAUUGUGGAUAUGGCAUUUUAGUUUCAUCCGUGCCCAAGGAGAGUAAUGCAUUUUUUUCCCUCAAGGAUCCACAAGAGGUUAUGGAGUUCCUCAAAUCACUGGUGGUAUGGAAGAAGACAAGUACCCUCUGAAACAAAUAAUAUAGAGAAGAAGAAAAUUUGUGUGAUACAAACAUAGAAUAAGAUAGCCUAAGCUAUUUAUGUUUUUCUUAGUUAACACCCGAAUGGGAAUUGCACAGAGGAACUCCAUUAGUCUCCAAGACUGGUGCCUAAACUGUUUCUUUUCAAUGCUGGCAUGUCUUUAAGUGUAUAUUCCUGCCUUAACAUAUCUUUCUGAUUGUUUCCCCUUCAGUUUUGGUCAGUCCUCCUAUGGAAAACUCUAAAUAUUUGUUUUUUCAUUCUUUUCUUCUUUGAGAAAUGUUUGUAUGUAUAAUAAACCCCGCUUGGCUUCUUCUCUAUUAUAAUUUUACCAUUUCUUUUUUGGGGUAA